AUGCGCUUCUCUUUCCUCCUCGCCGCACUGGCGCUCGUCGCCGCUCCGCUCGCCACCGCAUCACCGGCGCCGCAGCGUGCAGCGGCCGACUUCUGCGCCAGCUCGAACCGCGACCCGCUGCUCGCCAUUCUGCGCGACCCGCGCAUCCAGCCGCAGGCCGCCGCCUUCUGCCGCGCCUUCAUCCGGCGUCCGAGCGUCGUCACCAGCACCGAGACGGUGCAGGCCACCGACACCGUCUCGACACGUCCGCUGGAAGUGACCACAACAACCACCACCGUCGUCGCCACCGAGACGCCGCAGCCAGUCACCACAGUCGAGACUCUGUAUGAUGUCGUGACCGUGACUGAAUCGUUCUACAAGUAUGGUAUCAUCGAUUACGACUGCAGGGAGUACGAGGAGCGCGCUCCUGCCGCGCUGCGGCCGUACCUGAGCCCCCAGAACAUCGGCCGCUACGCGGCGCGCAUCUACAAUGCCUGCGGGUGCAUUCUCGCGCCCACCACGCGCACAGCGACGCAGAUUCAGCGCGCGACAACGACGAUCACGCUCGAGCCCACCUCGACGGAGACGAUGACGAAGCUCAUUUUCACGACACUCCCGACGCCGACCGAAACGCUCACCACCACAUCCGCGUAUACGGUGACGGAUUACACCACUACGACCGUGAGCUACAGCGCGGCCUAG